CGAAAAACUCAAGUUUGAUUAAGAAGAAAUCGAAAAUGCAGUCGAUGAAGGAAACCGCUGCCAAUGCUGCAGCCUCCGCCAAGGCUGGCAUGGAAAAGACCAAAGCCACCGUUCAAGAGAAGGUGGAUAAGAUAUCGGCACAUGAUCCAAUGCAGAAGGAAAUGGCAACUCAAAAGAAGGAAGAGAGGAAGGCGGAGGCAGAAUGGAACAAACUGGAGGCGCAUGAGCAAAACGCAGCAGCGAGGCAGGCGGCUAAGGUUGGUGGUCAUGCAAGUUACACAACAGGAGAGACUGGUGGCGGUGCUUAUGGCACUGAACCACUUGCCCAUCCACACUCUGCUUCUGCAACGGGGACGCCUGGUUAUCCCACGGGAACACAGCAAAUGUCGGCAGUGCCUGGACACGGCACAGGCCAGCCCUAUGGUGGACAAGUGGAUCCCACGGGUGUAAGGAGGACUCAUCCAACUGGGUUGCCCGGAGACACCACCGGCCACAACACCCGUGUUUAGCUAGGGAUCUGCCUGGUGGUGGCAAAGCAGCCAGCUAUUC